AUGUCGAAACCGACGACCCUCCCGUCUCGCCUCACCCAUCUCCUCAAACACUGGCCCAUCGAUAAUGUCCGCCCGGCCUCCGUCUCCAUCCAGUCCUAUCUGCAGUCGCGCAUCGACAAGCCAACCGCACUCCCAGACUCCUCUGUCAGCGCCCUCUCCUCCCUCCUAGAUGACCGCUACGCGCGCCGGUACCCGCUAUCCCCGAAACUGCGGCACCCAGCAAGCAACCCAGACCACUACGACGAUCUCAUCCGCGAGUUCGACGAGGCGCCCAACCGGGAUUGGUUUGGGCGGUUACGGAAGCGGGUGGGUGGGAUCCUCCGGUUGAGGUGA